AUGGAUGUUAAUCCUUUAAUUGCUACUUUAAGAAAGGACUAUUCCUUUUGCAAGAUCACUAAGUACCUUCACGACAAUGCACCACUUUCAACUGAAAACCUCUUCAGCUUGGAGAAGAGGGUAGAGGAAUGUAAAACUAAAGUCCAGGAACAUGCUGAAAAAAUAAAUUUGGAAUGUGAAGAGAAAAUGGACCAGGAGCAAGCUGUUGAGCCUUCAGCUACAGAUUCAAAGGACAUUUCGGUGAUAAGAAAGAAGAAAAAGAAAGUGGAGUUUGAUGCAGACAUCGCGCAACGUUCAAGGUGUAAAAGAGCAGAGAAUUGCAAGUUCCCAGGUUUCCAGACAAAUUAUCUCACGGAUCUGCCUAAUCAAUUAGAAGCUGUCCAACUUUGGGAUUCAGUUCUAAAAGUCCAAACUAUCAAGGGAGUUAAUUUAAAAGUUCUGAAGAAACUGUUUUUCUCGGAAGCAUCUGUUGCUAUUUUACAGGAUUGCUUUUGGUGGUGGUUUCUUCAGAAGUUCGAGCCUGAUCAAGAGCAGCAGGACCAUCUUUUUGACAGAAUAUCAGACAGCUUUGUGGCACUUCUGUUGAGUACUCCCAAUUACAUAAAAGAUCCUUUCUUUCAGAUGUAUCCUGACUGCUUGUCGCAAGCCAUCUAUCUUACUUUUUGCGAAGCUUUUCCCAAGUCUCAUUUUGGUGAUAUGUUUAAAGAUGAACUAAUGGAUUUAAUUUUCCAGUGGAUAAGAGGUUUCAAACCACAGAAAUUUGCUUGGAAGAAAUGGAAUUUAUUGUGCUCGGAAAAGCCUGCGAACCACGUCACAAGAAAAGAAUCUGUUGCUCCAUCAUUCCUCAGCCUUUCACCUAAAGGAGGGUCAAAAUCUUUGAGGUUCCUGCUGGCGCCAGACAAGGACGACAGUGUAAAGAAUGAAACACCAAAGCCAGUAAAACAGUCCCAUUACGCUGGAGACGGUCCAGACUUCCAUCGUUCACAUUUCAACCUUGGUGGGCAAAGUCCGCUCGUCUCCUAUUAUCUGAAGAUGCAUGGGAUCUCUAACACCCUACAAAAUUCUCGGCUCUACAAGAUCACUCACACUGAAAUUUGCAAAGAACCACCAGCUUCUCCUACUUAUCAAGAUGUCAUUGAGAGAAGUCAGAAGUUCACCAAAAAUCUGCGUGAUGAGUUUCUCGAUUGUCAUCACAGUUACAACGACGAACUAGCAGAGCUAGAAGAGCAGAGGAAAAAAGUGGACCGGAAAUUCCGAAGCCUGUUGGCAAAAGUCAGCAAGAAUCCUCAUGAAUUAAGGCUGAGAACACAGGCCUUAGUCCAGGAACUGGAGAACCAAAAACAAGGCCUGACCACAUCCAGUGCAGUGAAAAAACCCCAACACUGAGAUUUCCAAAACUGGCUGAAUCGUUCCUUCCGCUGAAUUAAGCUCGGCAAUAUACGUCGGAUCAAACGUGACUUCUCUUUCAGGUCAAUAAAGUAUGAGAGGCGGCAGCCUUCCACUCCAA